AUGCAACUCGUGAAAGGUCUCAUCAUCGUCGCCUUCGCCACCGCGUUGUAUAUCUCUUCGACUACAGCCGACGACAGCGUUGACGUCAAAGAGAAUACGUCCAAUGUUCGUAAGCUCUACUACACUAGAUUCCCGACUCCAAGCCCUGUCGCCAACCGCAAGCUCUACUACACUAAGGUCCCGACGCCGAGUCCCGCUGCCAAGGGCCGCAACUGA